GAGAUCUUGCUUCUCUCUCUCUCUGCAACUCAAUCUAAUGGAGAAGAAGAAAGAAGAGUUUAUUUACCGAUCAAAGCUUCCAGAUAUUUACAUCCCAAACCAUCUCCCUCUCCAUUCCUAUUGUUUCCAAAACAUAUCCGAAUACAGCUCUCGCCCAUGUCUGAUCAAUGGUCCAACCGGUCAAGUUUACACUUACGCUGACGUGGAGCUCAUCUCCCGUAAAGUUGCCACCGGACUCAGCAAACUCGGAAUCCAACAAGGUCAAGUGAUCAUGAUUUUGCUACCCAACUCGCCCGAGUUUGUGUUCACGUUCCUUGGCCUUUCAUAUCGUGGUGCUAUCACAACCACCGCAAAUCCCUUCUAUACGUCGGCAGAGAUAGCAAAGCAAGCAAAAGCCACCAAUGCUAAGCUCAUUGUUACACAGGCUUGUUAUGUUGAGAAGGUGAGGAAUUUCUCUCAAGAGAAUGAUAUUAAGAUUGUGUGCACUGACUCGGCCCCGGAGGAUUGUUUAAAUUACACCGAGUUGACUCAGUUGGAUGAGAAUGAGUUGCCGACUGUAAAUAUCAACCCGGAAGAUGUCGUGGCGCUACCGUUCUCGUCCGGGACAACCGGGUUGCCGAAAGGGGUUAUGUUGACUCACAAGAGCUGUAUCACUAGUGUGGCUCAGCAGGUGGAUGGGGAAAACCCUAACUUGAAUUUCCAUUGUGAAGAUGUGUUGCUAUGUGUGUUGCCUUUGUUCCACAUCUAUGCACUCAACUCGGUUCUGCUUUGUGGGUUACGAGUCGGCGCGGCGAUUCUGAUUAUGCCUAAAUUUGAAAUUUGUACACUAAUGGAAUUUGUACAAAAAUAUAAGGUUACCGUGGCAUCAUUGGUGCCGCCAAUCAUCUUAGCGAUAACCAACUGUACGGUCAUCGAUAAUUACAAUUUAUCGUCGAUUCGAUUAGUGAAGUCUGGGGCUGCAUCUAUGGGGAAGGAGCUUGAAGAUGCUUUUAGAGCUAAGAUUCCCAAUGCCAAGCUUGGACAGGGAUAUGGGAUGACAGAGGCUGGGCCCGUUCUAUCGAUGAGCCUAGCAUUUGCAAAGGAAGCAUUUGAUAUAAAGCCUGGAGCAUGUGGAACUGUUGCUAGGAAUGCUGAGUUGAAGGUUAUCAACCCAGAGACUGGAGCUUCGCUACCCACUAAUCAGGCUGGAGAGAUUUGCAUCAGAGGGGCCCAAAUCAUGAAAGGCUAUCUGAAUGAUCCAGAGGCCACAGAGAGAACCAUUGACAAAGAGGGUUGGUUACAUACAGGGGAUAUUGGCUACGUUGAUGAGGAUGAUGAGAUCUUCAUUGUGGAUAGAUUGAAAGAAAUAAUCAAGUACAAAGGAUUCCAGGUAGCCCCUGCUGAACUCGAAUCGAUGCUUCUCACGCAUCCCAAGAUCUCCGAUGCCGCUGUAGUCCCCAUGAAAGAUGAAGCUGCUGGUGAGGUUCCAGUUGCAUUUGUUGUGAAAUCCAACGGUUACGAUGUCACUGUCACUGAGGAUGAAAUCAAGCAAUACAUCUCAAAACAGGUGGUGUUUUACAAGAGGAUCAACAGGGUUUUCUUCAUCGAUGCCAUUCCGAAGUCUUCAUCUGGCAAGAUUUUGCGGAAGGAUUUAAGAACAAAGUUGGCAGCUGGUGUUCCCAACUAGUUAUGAUGUGAAGGAAUCUCUUUUUUGCCAAACUCCCCUCAAAGCCUUGAUUUGUUUAUA